GGGCCGCCCCGCCGCAGCUUCCCCUCGGCGCACGGGCUGACCACCACCCGCAGCGGCGAGGUCGUUGUCACCAGCAAGAAGGAGCCCGGCUUCAUGAAGAAGGCGGAGUCGGAGGAGCUGGAGCCGCAGAAGCCGCAGGCCGAGGUGGCCCGGCCCGCGUCCACCCCGCCCAUCAUCGCCUCGGCCGUCAAGGACGACGACGACGAGGAUCGGAUCAUCGCGGAGCUGGAGGUGUUUCAGCGGAGCUCUGCCUCCCCUCCCCUCCCCCUCGAGGCCGUGUCCCCGGGCCACUCCGGCUGCUGGCCCAGCGGAGCCGCGGUGGCCACAGCCCAAGGACGGAAGGAGCCGCUGGCAGCCCCGGCCAGCCGGGCGUUCUCCCUGCCGCUGCCACCCAAGGGGACAAGCAGCGCCCCAAAAUCCCCUCCGGCCCCGCGCCCCGCCCCCGGCAGCACAUCCCGGGAGCUUCCUUUGGCAGCUCCGCCUUUUCCAAGGGAUAAAACGGGGGGACAAGGAGGGGACGCGGCUCUGGACGCUGCCAGCGACAACAUUUGUCCCCAAAUUUCCGUGGCCUCACAGCCUCCUCAGAGCCGCGGGGAAAGUGAGGGUGCCGGGAUCAUCCCGGAAAUUCCCGAUGGGGAUCCCCAGAAAGGAGCCAGGCUCUCUCCUGGACACUCCACGGCCCCCCCGGGAUGGGAUGGAGCAGCUCCAGCUGCCGGGGAGGUGACAGAGGGACUCUGCAAACGCCACUUGUCCCCCGAGCGCCGCGCGGCUCCGGGUAAAAAAGAGAUUUAUGAGGACACGUACCAGAGACUGGACAGCCUGGAGGAAACCAUCCGCGAGCUGGAAAUGACCAUCAGCGAGAUCAGCAGCCACCCCGCCGUGGAAUUCGUGCUCUCCAAGGACGCACCGGGAUCCGAGGAGGUCGGGAGAAGCUUUGGGGACCUCGGGCACGGUGACACCGCGCUGGACCUGAGCCGGGCCAAGGAUGGCGCUGCCAGGAGUCCAAUUCCCAGCAGGACCAAGCCAGCGCUGCUCCCCAAGCCGCAGCUGCCCCCCGGCGCUCGCCAGAGCGGUGGCGUCUCCAUCCCGGCCAUGAAGGUGGUGAACCCGGCGUCGCGGCUGAAGCAGGGCCAGCAGGGCAGCCCCGACAAGGGCAAGCACAUCAAGCAGCGCAUGGAGUACAUGCGGAUCCAGGGCCAGCAGCAGGCCACUAGACCAUCUAAAGAGGCCAGCGAGACCUCCCCCACGGUCUCAGAAAAGCCCGCAGCUGGCAGAACCUCCAUCCCCGUAUUGACUUCCUUUGGGGCCAGGAACUCCUCCAUCUCAUUCUGAGCCCGCCCGGGGGCUCCUCCUCCUCCUCCUCGGGCUCCUCUUCCUCCCUGCGACUUUGGCUCCUUCUUGAGGCGCUCUGGAGGGAAUCCGCCACCUGUGUCCCCUCCUUUUUUUUUCUGUUUGAUCCAUGUUUUUUUGGGUUGUUUUUUUUUUGUUUUUGUUUUUGUUUUUUUUGUCGCCUCCGCUUCGCCAAAAAGAACUUUUGUGUCUCUCGCCUGCGCCCUCCCGCUCCGCCAUGGCCAACCA